UAUCAGUCGAAGUAAAACGUAAAAUCUCAUAUGAUGUAAUUUUGGUAAAAAUUAUGGCGCCAUCUUGAAACGGAUGUCAGCAGUUGGGAAGCAUUAGCGCCAGCUAUUGAAAGCACAACGGUCGCGGGCGAGGGAGAGGGGGAAUUAAAGAAAAAUGGCCGUCAAGCGAAAAUCGAGAAAUACGAAAAACGAACGAGAGUGUAACGAUCAAAUGUGAAUACGAUCCGGCGGUUUUUUUAACGGAUUAAUCACGGUACGGCGAGCGAAAUGCGAAACGAAAUGACGAUGUAUACGUUAAAGCCGAUUAUCUCCCUGCCACGAACGUUCCAUCAUAGAAAAACGAUGUACGAAAUGCGAAAUAUUCAUGAAGAACGAUCAACAGACGACCAUACGGUAGCCGAGAACAAGAUCGUGCCUGAUAUCACUGACCAGAGUCCACUACCAGAAUACAAUGAAUUAGAAGCAAGACAAGAAAAGAUACUGGCACAACUUGCAGAACUAAAGAAACAAGUAGCAACGCUUUCUGGAUUUCUGAGACAAACAAAUCAAGCUGCAGUAGUUGAUAAAAGUUCUAUAAUUAAUAAGAGUCAGGUGCCAAUUAAUGUGAAUCUUAUUAUAAAUGUGAAUCCUAAAAGGCCACCUUAUUUUAUAUCAGCGUUACAAAAGUUGUGGAAAGAUACUGAUAUUAAAGUGCAAACUUAUGUUCAUUCAAGUGUGAACGAAGGAGGGUCUAUUAAUUAUGAAUCAAUUACAAGUUCUUCCAAGAAUAAUGUUAUUAAUCUGUCAUUGAUUUGGAAAGAUGUUGAGGACCUGGAACUUAUAUCUGGUUUACAUAGUUACUAUAUAAUUGGUGAAACGAAUUUUCUACGAUAUUUAAGUAGAUUAAUAAAUACGCAUAAUUAUGAAAGUUUUGCUUGUACAGAGAAGGUAAAUACAACUGACUUGAUAUUAGAUCUGUGUUAUUCUUUACAUUUUGAAGAAUCAACAAAUAAAAAACAAGAAAUAUUGUCAUUAAUAGCAGAUAAGUUAAAUUGGUCAGAUAAAAAAGUUCUUGAUAUAGCAGAUGUUGCUGCAUGGUGUACAAUUAAACAAUUUUUUUCAAAGAAAUAUCCACCAAAACUUAAAAAAUGGUAUGAAGCUUGUGAAAAACAUUUUCAACCGAAGCCGGCGAAGGUCUAGGAGGUGAUUUUCCUAACAUCGUAGGAGGAGGAGGAUGCAUAGAUUUUCUCGCUAAAGUAUUUCGUUUACCUAGUGUACCACAAGCAUUAGCUAUAUUCAUAGCACCACCACCACCCUGUCUUGAUCUAUAA